AUGGCAGAAGGUCAUUUAAACCAUGUCCCUGAUCUUUCUGCUUUGGAUCCAUCAACUUCCAACGGAUAUCCCAUUGGAAGUCGUCCACCUUGGAGGAUAACUGUUGUACCCCCAGUCGAGGACUUGUCUGGGCCUCAAACCCAAAGUUACUAUAAUCGUAACUCUCAUCCUAGCAGCAAUGCUACUACCGCUGUGGUCAGCCCUCCAUCGCAAGGGUUGCUACCUGGACAAUAUAAUGUUAUCCGGCAAGUUGCUGCAGGCAUCCAAAGGCCUCCAGAAUCACAGGAUACUUCAACAGAUCCGAAUUUUCUGAGUCCACGCAGCCCAAGUGUGAUUACUUGGGAUUCCCGAACGAACAGCAGCACUUCCAUCACGGAAUGCCGCCGAGGUAGAGGCAGGAGGAGAAUGACGAGUGACGAAAAGGCUCAUCAGAGAGCUCUGAAGGCUGCGGGAGGAGCGUGCGACAGAUGUCGAAAGCGGAAAAAGAAGUGUCUCCACAAGGAAUCACAACUCCGAUUGGGAGACUCCGCCCAGGCUGAGGAUUCACUCAACGUCAAUAAUACCCAUAGAUCCGGCAUCCUUCAACCUCGAUCUAGAGCAGACGUCAGCAGGUCUCGCAGGGUGGUACCUGGUCCACAGCAGCUGCGCCAGCGCCAACCUCAUCACCAUCAGCGACAAAAUCAUUCACUCGUCCCUUCCAACGGUCGCUCAGCACCCAGUGAACUGAGCAUAUCCUCGCCCUCAGAAGGCGGUACUACAAACACCACCAUACUCAGCAUACAAUCUGACGCGACAUCGAUCUUCGAUGAUGAGAGGAAUCUGCCUCCCCGCCGCAGUGAAGAAGAGCAGUUCAGAAUGGAUACUAUAGGCUUAGGUCAACAGUUUGGUGAACGAUAUGACCAGUUCGUGGCCUGGAUUUUGAGCAAUCACGAGUAUCUAGAGCGGAAUGGCGACAGCUCUACUGAGCUGUAGGGGGCGGGGGCCAUCCUCCCUAACACACAUGUAGUGAAUAAUGACUCCUUCUGGUGCGUUCCGAUGGUCCACGGAGACUUGACGAGUUUGAGAGACUGUUUCUUUGUAGAUACUCGUCUUUCUUCGUCCUCGAAUCCGGGAGGGAUUAUAUGUCUCGAGAGGCAGUCCAAGUGAAGCAUAUGUUAGGCAUCGUGGUCACUAACAAUAGCAACUUGGUGCUGCGUCGGGUAUAUCCCAGAGACUUUAAUGAUUGAAAUGUUUUUCUGGCCCCUGAGGGGCCUUUUGUGGU